AUGAAUGGCACUACAGUGUUGGCAGCUGGUGGCAGUGAUGGUGAUGGUAAUGGCAGCCUCAGGGAUGGCAGCGGUGCGAGGCACGAUAGGUGUGUAGACAGGAUGAAGACUGGCUUCUUCUGGACGAGUUACUUCGAGUGUGAGCCAGGGACAGUGUUCUCUGAUGACCUGGAUCAGUGUGUCUUCCCCCAUAUGGUGAGACCUCCUUGUGGUACCUACUAUCCUAGUACUACCACUACCCACCCCACUACUGCAUCUACUAUUACUCCCGCUCCACCUCCAACGACUCCAUCUACCACAACAACCACCACUACUACUCCGGCUCCACCUCCAACAACCCCAUCUACCACAACAACAACCACCACUACUACGACUCCGGCUCCGCCUCCAACAACUCCAUCUACCACAACAACAACCACCACUACCACUCCACAACCACAUCGAGAACAACUUAAUACCACAGUAUCUCCUUUCACACAUCUAUCAUGUAGAUUCAGUGAAGAAUUCUGUUACCAGCAACCACCCUGUCCGCCAGACACGGUAACAAGAACCCUAUGCAGGGGAUGUUACAUAGGUAACACCUUCAUCCCAGCAUCGGUAGUGUGUAACGCUGAAGGCCACCUCUUCGAACCGGAAACCAACGCCUGUAUUCUCGACCCAGCUAAGAAUAUCAACUGUAUAUUGGGACCUCCCAGCACCGCCUUACAACUACCACUACACCCAGAUCUACAACAACUACCACACCCAGAACUACAACAACUACCACACCUAGAACUACAACAACUACCACACCUAGAACUACAACAACUACCACACCUAGAACUACAACAACUACCACACCUAGAUCUACAACUACCACACCCAGAACUACAAAACUACCACACCUAGAACUACAACUACCACACCCAAAACUACAACCACCACCACACCCAGAACUACUACCACACCUAAAACCACCACUACUACUACACCUGAAACCACCACUACUACCACGCCCAAAACCACAAUCACACCUAAAACGACCACCACUAUCACCACACCAAAAACCACAACCACACGUAGAACUACCACUACCACACGAAGAACCACCACCACUACCACCCCUGCCCCGAUAACAGUGCCGGUAUCACUCGAGAUCAGCAUCCCGUGUUCCGAUAACGACCUGCUGCACGUCGUACACACAGUUGAGAACCUUGGCUGCUCCCAAUAUUUCUUGUGUUCUGGCGGCGAAUUUAAGGGUCAGAAGUACCUGUGUGCUGGGUAUUACGAGUGUAGCAAAGGUGCUGGGGGACGAUGGCAAGUGUCUGAGCGCGCGUGUCCAGCAAACCUGCUCUUCAGUGAGGAACUGGAUCAGUGUGCACCUCCUCCUACAGCCGAUGAGUUAUGUUAGUAGACACUGGAACAGUGGAACACCACCAGUGGAACAGUGGAACACCACCAGUGGAACAGCAGUGAAACACUGGAACAGAGGAACAACAGCAAUGGAACACUGGAACAAUAUCAGUGGAACGCUGGAACAACAGCAGUGGAACACUGGAACAACAGCAGUGAAACACUGGAACAGAGGAACAACAGCAGUGAAACACUGGAACAGAGGAACAACAGCAAUGGAACACUGAGACAGAGAAACAGAAAUGGAACAAUGGAAGAACAACGAUGUUAUCCGGUGGAACAAUGGAACAAAAACAAUGUUAAACACUGGAACAGUAGAGCAACAACAACUGUUCAACACUGGAACAGUGGAACAAAGAACCCACUGUAACAGUGGGUUAUCCUAGGUUAUCCUGGCUUGCUUCCAAUUUAAUAACCCGGAGAAAGUCUUAUCUUGGGUGACUACCCGAGCCAAGAGAGGUAUUCCUGGUAUCCCUUAACGCAGAGUCCCCCCCGGUGUGCCGGUAUCCCAAAGUGCCCAAUAAAACCUGAGGAUUGGCACUCAGAAUCUUCCUCUGAGUGCGCUAGAUAAGUGAUGAAGGUUUGAAAUCGAUCGGGAGACGCAUUCUCAAGGUAUCCCACAGAAACUUUACAGGAAAGGGAAAAAAAUCGUCACAAUGGAGUAUCCCUUUCAGUGAUACCUCUGUGUAUACAUUUGAGGGAUACCUCUAUGUAUAUACCUUUGAGGGAUACCUCUGGGUAUCUCACUGAGGAAUGACUCUGGGUAUAUACCUUGAGGGAUACCUCUAUGAGAGAAUUCUGGAGAGGCUUCUAUGAGGAAUACCUCUCGGGGGAGUAACCCUUUUGAGGGAUACCUCUCUGGGAAUAUACCUUUGAGGGAUACCUCUCUGGGGAUAAAUCUCUGAGGGAUACCUCUCUGGGGACAAUCCUUCGAGGGAUACCUCUAGUGAUAAACCUUUGAGGGAUACCUCUGGGUAUGUCUCUUUGAGGAAUACAUCCUUGUGGUACUCAUUUGAUUGAUAACUCUUAGGGAUACCCUUUUGAGGACACCCAACUGAUGAAUAACUCUCUAGGGAUGUUCUUGUAUACCUCUUUGAUGCAUACACAUGAGAUACUACCUUGAAGUAUACCUUUCUGAGGGAUACUUUCAUGAAAACACCUUUGGAAUACCAUUUGAGGGAUAUUCCUUUAGGUACAUCUCUUGGUGGAUACCCUUUUGGGGAUAUCCUUUUGAGGGAUACUCCUGUCAUGGAUACCCCUUUAUGUAUAGCUAUUUGAGGGAUACUUUUUAGGUAUAUCUCUUUGAUGGAUACCCCUUUAGGUAUAGUUUUUAGGCAUACUCUUAAUAUAUCUCUUUGAGGGAUACACCUUUAGGUAUAUUUUUUGAUGGAUACCCUUUUAUGUAUACCUGAGGAUACUCCUUUAUGUAUACCUCUGGAUAUCCCUUCAUGUAUACAUCUUUGGAUACCCUUUAUGCAUACCUCUCUGAUGUAUAUCUCAGGGAUACCCCCUUUAAGUAUACCUCUUUCUGGGAUACCUCUCUGAGGGAUACUUAAUCAAGUCAGUAGAAUUUUCGCUGGUUUUAUUUUUCGCUUCUUUAUUUAUUUAUGCCUUUAUACAUUAUUUAUUUACCGCUAAAAUAAAAAAUAUAAAAUGAAUGUAUUUUUCUUUAUCAUAAAUUUUAGAUGUAUUGGGAAUAAAAUACAGUACUGUUGUAUGUUACUGUAUUACGAGAUGUACUGAGAAUACAGUACUGUUGUAUGUUACUGUAUUACGAGAUGUACUGAGAAUACAGUACUGUUGUAUGCUACUGUAUUACGAGAUGUAUUGAGAAUACAGUACUGUUGUAUGUUACUGUAUUACGAGAUGUACUGAGAAUACAGUACUGUUGUAUGCUACUGUAUUACGAGAUGUACUGAGAAUACAGUACUGUUGUAUGUUACUGUAUUACGAGAUGUACUGAGAAUACAGUACCGUUGUGUUACUGUAUUACGAGAUGUAUUGAGAAUACAGUGCUGUUGUAUGUUACUGUAUUACGAGAUGUACUGAGAAUACAGUACUGUUGUAUGCUACUGUAUUACGAGAUGUACUGAGAAUACAGUACUGUUGUAUGCUACUGUAUUACGAGAUGUACUGAGAAUACAGUACUGUUGUAUGCUACUGUAUUACGAGAUGUACUGA